AGAUUUUGACUCCAUCUCUGAGAGUUCAGAGACACCUGGAUCUGACUUCACCUUUCAAGAAAUCUGCUCAAGAACUUGGGUAGCAGCAGAUUCCUGGGCACUAUUUUUGUCUGUGAUGCGUGGUAUAUCUCGGUGGUAUGAAUGGCGUGAGGCUAUUGCGGUGACUGAAUCCAACGCUCUGGGCGCAAACGGUCAAGUAACCCUUAAGCCAUAUGUCGCACCCAUUGUAGAAACCUGCAAUAAAAUACAAGGAACUUUUCUCAGGACCGUCGACCCUGCGUUAUACAAAUCCAUGCAGAGUGCCGGUAUCGAGCCUCAAAUAUACGGAAUACGGUGGCUUAGACUACUCUUUACUCGAGAGUUUCCCAUGCAUGAUGCGAUGGCACUUUGGGAUGGCUUGUUUUCUUGUGUAUCUUCAAUAGCUGAUACCACCGAGUGGAUAUGUGUUGCUAUGUUGAUACGUAUACGAAACAAACUGAUACCUUCCGACUAUAGCACUCAAUUGACCUAUCUAUUGCGUUAUCCACCGACGGAGGAAGGUUCGCUAAACCACAUCAUUCUUUUGCUGCGACAAGCAGCGGCACUAGAAAUGACACGAACGCCUUCUACCGGUGCAUCAUUAGUCGUGGAAAAUCGUAAUAUAUUGAAUAUUCCUGUCGACAUUCCAGAUCCUCCUAUGGGCCGACGUAGACCUCGGCCCGGGGAGAGAGGUCAUCAAGUUUCUCCCUCUGAAGGGCAUUUUCAAGGUAUCACUGGUGCGCACGGAGAGAACAUACGGUCACCGUCACAUCAAAUGGGAAUUCCAGAACUACUCGCCCGUGGUCUCUUGGAUCGUGGAGAGAGCUUAGGCAUCAAUAAAACUUUCAUGAACGCGGUAUCUGAGCUUAAGCGUAACCUACCCGAUUUGGCUGCUUCUCUUGUACGGACACCAUCUGCAUCAUCAGCUUCGUAUGCAGCCUAUCCUCUGCUGGAUGAGCGGCCCCAAGAAGAAAGGCCAUCCUGGGAGCCUCGCAGUCGAUUUGAAAUGGAACGGGAAGUGUCUGAAAUGCGGCAAUUGAACAAACGGUUAGGAGAAUCAGUCGGCUGGAUUGUUGACGUCCUUCUUCAAGAUGAGGAUGGUAUUGAAGAUGCUCAACAGCUUUCGACGAUACAGAAUAAAAAGCGCGAGGCUCUGGAAUCUCUUUCGUAUGUCCGUGAUGUGCUAAACAGUGGCGUAAGUAAUGUCGAGGAGGAUCGAUUAUGGGGGGCAGAUGAAUAUAAAAGGAGAGAAGAAAAGUACCAGGCAGAAGCAUCGGAGAACGAGGGCAGAGAAGAGUCAUCGCAGCUCAAUGUGCCUCGCUCUGCUCCUGAUCCUGUCACCCUCCCACUUUCCAACGCAGCCGAUAAUUCUCGCAAGUUUGAUAACAAAUUUGCAUCUUUUCCUAGAGACAAUCGUCGCUUCUCGCCCAAUACCUCUUCUGCGACUCCUUCAUCCACCCGAGGUUUCAUGCGACCUCCUGGGUUCCCAUUAUCGUCAAAGACACCACCAAAUCUGGUCCCCAACACAUCUACUUCACUUGCACCAUGGAGUUAUCCUUGGACACAAGCUCCAGUGGGUUCGUCUUCUGGCGGUCAUAGUCCCAACACAGUGCACCCAUCUAUCCCCGUUCCUCCACGAGAGGUGACCCGCCCGCUAGUUGGCCUACACUCGUAUCGCACAGCGAAUAGCAUUAUUGGAACUCACCAAGUAGCCGACAAAGUAGCCGAUCAAUCGCCGAAAACACAGGAUACGACAGAAGUGCAACAUGACCCUCUUGGUGUACUGCGGUAGGGUGAGUGAGGGUUUGGAGAAGUAAUGGUAUGAGAUCAAUUUGUCUGUAGAAUAUCCGCAUUUAUUCGCAUUGUUGGCUUGUUAACACGUAUCUACCUGUAACUUCAGUAAACUUUGUUUUGUCAAAUAUCAGUGCAGGUCACUUAUCAGCGCACGAAA